AUGGCUGAAUUUAUUUUAAGCAGUCAAAACAAUCAAUUACUAAUUUUUGAAUCAUUUAUAUUUCAACGAGAAAAGCUUAUUAACGAUACAAGUUAUUGGCGUUGUGUUAAAUUCCACUUGGAGGAGUGCAAUGGAAGGGCAAGGACAAAAUCUGGAGUUAUAUUUCAUAAUCAAAUGCAUAAUCAUGUUCCAGACAUUGCCGAAAUUGAAGCAAGGAAAGAAAUAAAUCAAAUAAAGGAAAAGGCAACUACCUCGCAAACUCUACCCAAUAAUAUAAUAGCGGAUAUAACAACCAAUAUAUCUACAGCAGCUAUGGGGAGAAUGCCAAGUUGUUCCUUACUCAAAAGAACAAUUCAAAGAAAACGACGCCUAGUAGGAAGGGCGCCUACUGUUCCUGUUAAUUUAAUUGACCUAAUAAUCCCUAUUGAAUAUCAAAUAAAUAAUAACGGGCAACAAUUUUUAUUAUAUGAUAGCGGUCACCAUGAUCAUCGAUGCCUAAUAUUUUCAACAGUGAAAAAUAUACAGUUCCUAUCAACGUGCGACAAAUGGUACGCAGAUGGCACCUUCAAAACAUGCCCUCCACUCUUUCAACAAAUCUAUACCAUCCAUGGAAUGAAAUACGACACGAUUAUUCCUGCCGUUUAUAUCCUUAUGGCGUCGCGUCGCCAUCAAGAUUAUUUAAAUAUUUUCCAAAAAAUUAAAAAUUUAGAAAUUCAUCUUGAUCCUAGGUCUAUAAUGACAGACUUUGAAUUGGCAGCCAUAUCAGCUUUCAACCAAUCUUUUCCGUUGGCUGAUAACCGUGGAUGUUUCUUCCACAUGUCUCAAUGCAUAUGGCGUGCCGUUCAAAAAAAUUCAAUAAUUUGUAUGUCAUAUAUGACAGAGCCUAAUUUUGCUUUACAAAUUAAGAUGUUAUUAUCACUGGCAUAUGUGCCAGUGGAUGACAUAAUCCAUGGAUUCGAGGUGCUGGUUGGUUCCGAAUUCUAUCAAGAAAGGCGGGAUAUUCUCCAACCUUUGAUAGAAUACUUCGAGGAGACAUGGAUAGGCAAAAUGAUAGCAAUGGAGAGGAGAUCCCCAUUGUUUAGUAUUUCAUUAUGGAAUUGCUAUGAUUCCACUCUGUUGCGAGCUCCAAAUACCAACAAUGCAGUAGAAGGUUGGCACCGGAGUUUUUCUUCCCAUAUAAGUUCCCAUCAUCCAACCAUUUGGAAAUUUAUCAAAACUCUCAAAGAUGAAGAUAGCCUUAAUUGCUAUAAAUUAGAGCAAUAUUCUUUGGGACUAUUGGCCCCACUCUCAAAGAAACAAUAUCGGGAAAGAGCUCAACGGGUAUAUAGAAUAGUCGAAGAUUACUAUUCAAGGCCCAUGUUAGAUUACUUAAGGGCAUUGUCUCACAAUAUUAAUUUAAAU